UCAACCAUUCUCUGACCAGUAAUUAAAACUGACGUUGAUCCAUUGGAUCCUUUAAAGUAAACCCUGCUUAUGCGAUUCACUUUAGCUGGCGCUUAUAAAGAGCCCUUGCCAAAUUUUGCAACGCUGCCAAGUUUUCCACUAAAGUUGUGUCAAUGGCAGAGCAGGAAUCGAAGAAGCUAGAAGCCAAAUCACCGGCGACACCGACUCCGGCACCGGCGGAAGUUAAACAAGGUGCGUCACAAGAGAAAGUUAUUGUUCCACCACCUGAAGAAUCCAUAGCUCUCGCUGUAGUCGAUAAGAAUCCAGAAUCUGUUCCAAAGAAGAUUUCAGGGGGAUCCCAUGACAGAGACACUGCUCUUGCAGAGGUUGAAAAGGAAAAGAAAAAUUCCUUUAUCAAGGCAUGGGAAGAUAGCGAGAAAACUAAAGCAGAGAAUAAGGCUCAGAAAAAGCUCUCCGCUGUUACCGCCUGGGAGAACAGCAAGAAGGCUGCAUUGGAAGCCAAGUUGAGAAAGAUUGAGGAAAAAUUGGAGAAGCAAAAGGCAGAAUAUGCAGAGAAUAUGAAAAACAAAGUAGCUUUAAUUCACAAACAGGCUGAAGAAAAGAGAGCAGUGGUUGAAGCCAAAAGAGGAGAAGGAGUCCUAAAGGCAGAGGAAAUGGCUGCAAAAUACCGUGCUACUGGGCAAACUCCAAAGAAACUCCUUGGUUGCUUCUAAGGUUGCAAGUUUCGAGCUUGGUCUGAAAGCAUUAAAUGGAAUCAGAGCUAUUUCUCUUCAUAAUUUUUUUUGGUAACUCUUCUGUACACUUCUCUUGUUUAUUUCUUUCCUUGUAGUUUGUGUCUUUGCCACUGUAAAAUAAUCAAACUUCUACUAUUGAGCGUGCGCAUGUAUAUAAGUACAAUAUUUUGUCUAUGAGAAAAGAGUUUGAUUUUAUUUCUUGAA